GGAACUAAAAGCCCCACAACCACUGUAUAUAAAGCGAGCUCCAUGGAGACAAGCUUUGUUGAUGUUCGUUAAGGAAGAACUCCAGCAGCCUGUGUGAAAAGUUUGGUUUAAAAUGAAAAGGGAAUGGUUUGGGGUCUGUGUAGAUGACUGAGGUGUGUUUUAGGUUUGGAAGAAAAGGGAUUAGUGUUGACUGAAAUGUGUGUUUUGUGUUUUCUGUAAUCAGUCUAAAACCAUUUGACAAUUCAGCAGCACUGCACUGAGGUUAAAUAAUGCAGAAAUAUCUCUCUGUGUGUGGAAGCUUUAGACGGUAAUGCACCAAAGCCAUUAAAGCGGGAAGAAGGAGGAAAAGGAGGAGAAGGAGGAAGUAGCUUUAACCCGAGGCGGAGUAAUCCGGAGCUCUCUCUACAGGACACGGAUGCUAAACUUGAUGACGUGGUGCCGGGACGACGAUGGCCGACCAGAGCAGGCAAAUUAAACUCGCCGCAGCAAAGAAAAAGCUGAAAGAGUUUCAGCAGAAGAGUACACAAUCCCCCGUCAACCCUGGACCGAAGAAGAAGAGGAAGGUGAAAGGAGGGGGUCAGGGAGACGCUCAGUCUGCCGACAGGCACUCGCCGGAACACGACCAUGGCGAGUUGGGGGCGCGGGAGUCCCCGAUUUCUGAGAUGCAGGAGGAUUCAGGAGAACACGGUCGCUGCUCUCCUGUUUCUAACCUCCACGCUGCUACUAACACGGAGUGUCUCACUGACAGCGCUGGCCUGCAGGAGAAUUGUGAACUGGAUGCCAACGGUGAUGAACACUCCCUGGAGGAAAACAGGCCGCUGUCAUCCACAGAGAGUCUGAGGCAGCUCUCUCAGCAGCUCAACGGCCUUCUCGCUGAGUCACCGUCGUCGUACGUCAAUGGCGAGACCGGAUCGUCUCCCGUCAACGAGAAAGAACUGGAGACUCGAAACCAGGAGCUGGCAGCCGCUCUGGACUCCAGCACUCUAAAAAACUCCCAGCUCACUGCAAAGAUAGAGACACUGACGAAGCAGUCUCAGGAGCUGUCCGAGCAGAUGCAGAAGGAGCGGAAGGAUUUCGAGCAGAAGUUUGCAAAGGAACAAGGGGCUAUGCGUGAACAGCUGCAGGUUCACAUCCAGACCAUCGGCAUUCUAGUGUCGGAGAAGUCUGAACUGCAGACCGCCUUGUCUUUUACACAGCAGGCAGCACGCCAAAAAACAGGAGAGGCAGAGGAACUGAAUAAUCGGCUGCACGCCAGCAAGCAGAGGGUGUCCGAGCUGGAGCGGACUUUAUCCACUGUGUCUACACAGCAGAAACAGUUUGAGAAGCAUAAUAAAGAACUGGAGAAGGACAGGGACAGCCUGCGACUGGAAAUCUUCCGAUUGAAUAAUGCGAAUGAGGAGAUGAAGCAGCAGAGCUCCGAGCUGGCAGAACAGCUGAAGUUAAAAGCGAGCGAGAGCCGCGCUCUGGGUCUGGAGCGGGACGAACUGCGCAAGCGCCUGGAAAUGGCCGACGUCAUGCUGCAGCAGUUCUCCAGUCAGUCAGGCGCUCCGUCCGAGCACCAACAGGUGCAGCUACUCCUGGAAGAGAAGCAUCAGCUUGAGGUUCACACAGCCCAGCUCAUGGAGUCAGUAGCACAGCUCCAGAGAGAACGAGACCAGUACGCAGAACAGAUUCAGGAAGAAGGCCGAGUCUGGAAAGACAAAACCGAGCAGCUUCUCACUCAGGUGACUCUGAUGUCAGAAGAGAGGGACAGGAGCGCUUCUCGGAUUCAGGAGCUACAGGAACAGAUUACUGAGCUGAAAAAGGCAGCAGCUUUACUGUCUCAGGAGCAGGAGAGCCAGGCCACGUCACAGUCCGCAGGACCCUCGGAGAAGGAGCUUGCCCUGGAGGAGAGCAUCCACACUUUGCAGCAGGAGAGAGACGCUCUCAGCUUGCAGUACCAAGCACAGGUUCGGGAUAACGAGCAGCUGAGCCGGUUGGUGCAGGAGCAGGAGACGCGGUUGGAGGAGCUGGAGAUGCAGGCGCGGCGCGCGGCCGACGAAGCUCAAGACAAACUGCGCAUCCUGGAAGACGUUCAGAGCGACAAAGCCACGAUCAGCCGAGCCCUCGCUCAGAACCGGGAGCUCAAGGACCAGCUGGCCGAGCUGCAGAACGGCUUUGUCAAGCUGACCAACGAGAAUAUGGAGCUCACUAGCGCACUGCAGUCAGAGCAGCACGUGAAAAAGGAGAUCGCUCGCAAGAUGGGCCAGCUCCAGGAGGAUCUCCAUAAUGCCAAAGAGCAGAUGAAGGAGCGGAUGCAGGAGUGUUCGUCCCUCCAGGAGCAGAGGGAUCAGUACCUGGCGCACCUGCAGCAGUACUCGACUGGCUACCAGCAGUUGGUGUCUGAACGGGAGCACCUUCAUAAGCAGUUCCUGCAGCAGACGCAGCUGAUGGACCGACUGCAGCACGAUGAAGUGCAGGGCAAAGUGCAGCUGGAGCAGAGCCAAUUACAGCUGCAGGAGGCGCAGGAGAGACUUGACCAGCUGGCCAAGGAUAACGAGCACCUUAAGACAGAAGUUCAGGAGCUACUGAACAGCUCUUCUUUAAAUACAUCACUCAGGGACCAGGGUGAUGGGGUGGAAAGCUAUUUCCUACCAGAAACCUUCCAGAAAUCGACCAUAGCCAUCCCGGAGGACUUUGAGAGCAGAGAGGAAAUGGAGGAGUUUCUGCACACUGCUCUGUCCCGUCUGGAGGAAGAGCGAGACGAAAUCAUGCGCAGGUUAGAAGAAGAGAGGAGGCUACACCAGGCUGCACUGCAGCAAGUGGCCACUACGAGUCACGAGCAUCAUCACCACAGCACGUGUUCCGAAACGGGGAGUACAGAUAGCGUUCCCGUAGAGGUGCACGAGGGACUUCGGGGCGCCAUGGAGAAGCUCCAGGAGAGAUUCACUGGCUUGAUGCAGGAGAAGGUGGACUUGAAGGAGAGAGUGGAGGAGCUGGAGCAUCGCUGCAUUCAACUGUCUGGAGAAACCGAUACGAUCGGCGAAUACAUCGCGCUGUAUCAAAACCAGAGAGCAAUUAUGAAGCAGAGGCACACUGAGAAGGAGGAGUACAUAAGCAGGCUGGCUCGAGACAAAGAGGAGAUGAAGACGAAGUUGGCAGAGCUGCAGGAUCUGGUGAUGCGUCUGGUCGGGGAGAGGAACGAGUGGUACACCCGCUACAUGAGUGCCAUCCAUAAUCCCGACUUUACACCCGCUGGAGAGGACGCCGUUCCGCCUGCAGGAACACAUCUGGAGCUGGAUGCUGUGGACGGCCCGGUAUCUAUGGACACGAGCAUAGCUGUCGAUGUGGCUCCAGACGUGCAGACGAGGACAGACGAAGGCCCACAGGACAGACUCGACCCCCCUGCCGGAUCUUCGCUGAGACCCAGAGAGGACGGCACGGCUCGGCAGAUCAUGCAGCUUCUCCAGGAGAUGCAGAACCCCGAAUCUCAGCCACCUCCGUUCCUCGGCGAGAACCCUUGCAUCCCGUUCUUCUACAGGCCCGACGAGAACGACGAAGUCAAGAUCAUGGUGAUCUGAAAGCCUCUCCUUGCCUCACUUUUCCCCGCUCUCUCACCUUCUUUUUUUUUUUUUUUUUUUAAUUUUUUUUUUAUCUUUUUGCACAAAUAAGAGCCAACGUUAUGACUCGCAUGAUGUAACUGGAGUUUUACUUUAAGAGUGUGUGGGCAUUCAGUGUUUUUCCUUUCGUUUACACUCAUUUUUGGUGGGUGUGAAAGCUUCUUUAUUCUUCCUUAGCCGUAGUCGAUAUUUUUAUACACGUAUAUAUCUAACCCGAGGUUCUGCGGUUGACGAUGCUCUGUCUGCUCUGUGCUUUUAAUGGGUUCCUCCUCUCUUCUAUUUUAAUCCUCUGAACAUUAGGUGCAAUAGAAAAAAGGUCUGACCUGUUCUUACAGUGUAAGUACAUGCAAAUCAUAAGAUUGGGAAUGUAACACGAUCGUUUUUCCUCUAGCUUCUAGUAGAUGGAAUGAAUCCGCCAGCCUGCUGUUUGCUGGAUCCGUUCCGCGUCAUCCACGCUCUUCUCGGUUUAUCUGAAGUUCAAUUCGCUCCUAAGCGACUUACUAUGCAUACUUUUUUGCUUAUCUGCUGGAUUCAAAUGAAUAUCAAUAUCCACUAGGGGGCGAUAUAAUAGGGUUUUAAAAAAAAAAAACGUCCAGGUCUCCAUGUGAACAAUUUUAGCAUUUUCACUCCAGCUCCUCCAUCAGUCUUGUCACAUGGAGACGUACAACCGUAGUUACGGUUCGGUCAAACAAGCGUGUAGUUAAAAUCAAAGUAACGAAGCGAAAGGGGAGGUAUUAUGGAAAAUGUUGUUGAAGUAACGAUGUUCGGUUAGCGUUAAAACCGGAAAUAUUCCGUUCUUGUUACAGUAUGUGAAAGGGUAUUGGAUUUAAAGGGUCCAGCAAGUUGUAAGGAAGUACUAGAUUGCAAGUAGUAAAUAGUUGCGCUGCACAAUAAUGACAAAAGUACGAAUAAUCGCGUUUAUUUAGAUGAAUAUCGAAAGUACAGCAAUGGCUGGGGGUCGCGACGUCAAUACGGCGAAAGUUUCAAAGCGGAGUUAUUAAAAAGCAUUAAUCGCUGUCCCGUGCGUCCGUGCGCCAGCCCCACGCCCGAAGAGCUCACCUGGAUGUAUAUAAUCUUUAUCGAAGUGUUUCCAAAUCCCCCACAGAAUUGCUCUAGAUGUAGAGAAAUGGCUGCUUUUUUUUUUUUUUUUUUUUUUUUUUUUUUUUUAAAAAUACAUGUAUUGUGAGAACGGCGUGCAGUGUUCGUGAUCAGUGCCAGUGAACUCUAUGAUGCCAGCCGCGUUUCGAUUGGCUGAGAGUUUCAGGGCUCCAAACGAAGUGAAGAAAACGUCCAAGGUUGUAAAAGUCGUAUAUCUACAUCUACAUAGUAGAAGCUGAAGCCUCUGUAACGUUUGUAGGUGUGUGUGUGUGUGUGUGUGUGUGUGAGAUGCGCAAAAAGUCCGAAAAGUAAAGUCGCAAUUGUUUAAGUAAUAAGAACUGGAAGCGUGUUGAACGUAAACGUGUGGAAGGCUCGAGAACGGCUCGUUACGCUACAACCAAGCACUUUUAUAUUGUUCGCCCCUGGUGUGUGUGUGUGUGUGUGUGUUUGAGAGAGACGUGAAUGUAUGUAUGAAGUGGAUGAGUUUCUAUCAGGCGUAUUCUGUAUUUCUUUUCUUUUUUUUUCUUCCCUCCCUUUCUUUUCAUUUGUCUUGGAAGUGCGUGUUAACCCAGCGCACCCCCCCCCGACUUUUAAAAUCAUUUUCUGAUGGAGAAGUGAGAGGGUUCUUGCGCUUGUAACACACGUGUAAAUAGUGUAACUGUGUAACAUACUGUAUAUUUAAAACCGGUGUGUGGGAAAUGGAUAUGAAUUAUUUGAAUGGCUAUUAUUAGUACCUGCCUACUGUAGAAAUAAAUAAAUAAAUGAUUGAAGAAAAUGGAAGUGGGCAGGGUGAAGUGGGUGUGAGGUGUCUGUGAUUUAAUGAUUUAAAGGUAAAUGGAAAUAAUAUUUAUUUGGAAUACGUAGUUACACUAAACUGUUUUAAUUCAACACACUGUUGGAACACAAUGAAGGAGUAACACGAGAAUCAGUUGAUUUCAGAUUUUUUUUUUUUUCUUUCUUCGUAUUGUUUUUUUUUUUUUUUUUUUUUGGGUUUUUUUCCGUUCCUCCUAAAUAAACCUGGGCAAAGUAAGA